AUGUUCUUCACUGUAUCUAUAACACCAAUCAUCUGGUUCAAUCUUCUGCUUUGCAUCGCUUCUAAUAAAAAUGAAACUUCCCAUCUACCUAAUUUUGGUGCUGCUGAUAAAAUUGUUACAAAUAAUACUUAUUCUGAUAUCUCAGACAGCUUUGAUUACAACAAUUUUGAGCCAUUGUUUGGCUCAGAAUUUCCAUCCGAUCCUUCGCAGUUGAUUGAUUUCGAUCAGUUGAGUGAAAUUGAGGAUAUAAGUAGCAAAGAAUCGAUACCCGAGAUCACAAAUGCUCCUCAUCCUGGCUUUUCAAACAGCCAUGGUUUGUUGGGCCACACUAAUUUGGGCUCAUUACUUGGUUCAUAUACAGAUUCAAAUAGGAAUGUGUGGAGAGAUGCUAAUCCGAUCUAUUUUCACCAACUUACUCUUUCCCCAGAUGACACAACCGAUCAACACGGAAAUGCUGAACAGAAUAACAUGGGCAAGAAACACUUCUCGGAUAACUUGAUUGUCCGCGACUACAGGGAAAAUGAAGGAUCAGAAACAAAUACUCAAAGUGGAACUUCUUCGCCACUUAAUGUCGACACAGAUGACAUUAUUACAUAUAUGCACUUACCUGGUUCACAACAAAAUGCGGUUCCGAUCUAUUUUCACCAACUUAUUCUUUCCCCAGAUGACACAUCCGAUCAACACGGAAAUGCUGAACAGAAUAACAUGGGCAAUAAGCACUUCUCGGAUCACUUGAUUGUCCCCGACUACAGGGAAAAUACCAAUGAACGAUCAGAAACAGGCGAACAAAGCUACGAAUGCCUUUAUCCCGGAUGUACUAUGGUAACAAAAAAUUACAGUGAAUAUGUAGCACAUAGGAAAACACAUGGUCAACCCUUCAUCUAUGAAUGCAGAGUGCCCGGUUGCGAGCGAAUAUUCCAGCAUGAAUCAUCAUUUUGCAAUCACAAGCAAACGCAUGAACCUCAUCAUCAAUGCAAGUGCUGCGGAAAAUUCUUCAGCACCAUGUAUGGACUACAAAGACAUAAGAAGCUCUGCCCAACAAAAUUUCAUAGACAAGGUUAUAAAUGCCAUUAUCCUGGAUGUGCUGUGAUCUCGAAAAGUUACAACGAUAAUAUAAAGCAUAAAGAAACACACAAUGGACCUUUCAUCUAUGAAUGCAAAGUGCCCAGUUGUGGGCGGACAUUCCACCAUGAAUCAUCAUUUCACAGUCACAAGAAGACACAUAAACCUCAUCCUCAGUGCGAGGGUUGUGGCAAAUUCUUUUACCGUAUGGAUGUACUGAAGUCUCACAAGAAAGUGUGCUCCAGAGCUCCUCAAAACGAGACAAAAUCUGAGCAUUCUUCGCAUGCAUGA